AUGGCACGGUCUCAGUAUCACCUGAAGCUCAAGUGUCGGGGUCGCCCUCGAUAUCGCGCCUGGCAAUCCCGAGAGGCCUUUCUUUUGCGACAUCAGCGUCGUCACCAGAGACCUCUUCACUCACCACGGGGACAUAUACCAGGCAGCAACAUCGCCCAGGAUGACCAUAGUGGUUCGAACCAUAGCGAAGACGAGUUCAUCGAUGACCGCUUUCACAUCGAGACUCAAAAUAUCGCGGCCGAAGCAGACUCCCAGACAGUUCCUCAUGCAUCCACUUCUUCCACGUCCCGCGUUUCAAGCAAUCGAAAUCCAUACUCUCCAUCAUCUCAUCCCCUGCCUUUCGAUGUUUCCAAGCGCCGGAGACUGAGUGAGAAUGAGCUUGAUCGAAAGCAGCAGCGACCCCCAACGAAGCGUCGUCGAGUAUCCGAGGGAGACAGCGCAGAGAAUCGUCUGGGCCAGCAAUUUGUUCCCAUCACUCAAGCAAUGCCUAGUUUAGCGCAGACACGUCUCCCACAAGAACCACAGAGGUGGUUCACUGCAAGAAACGACCGACGCGACGACUCUACUCAGUCGCCAGGACAUCGCCCGGGACCCAUAUCUCGAGUGGAUGAGUCGCCUGCUGAGAAUGGAUUUGAUCAGGGAGCCAUGCGAGAUGACCCAACAAUCGAGCAUCUAGCAUCUAGGGAACCUAUGGUGUCAGAGGAUAAACCGGUAGACUCCCUGCUCUUAUAUGAAGAUCAGGAGCCUCAUAACAAUGGCGGCAUCAAUGCUGUUCACCCAAACACUCGCACGUCUUUCCCCUCAGUCUUAUUCGACUGCUUCCUCGUCAUACUCAACAUUGGAAUUUCCACCUACUUGUACCGCCAAAUCUUUCCUCAUAAGCCCUUCCAGGCUGUGGACUGGUAUCAGCAAGCCACCGACAUUGCCGUCAUGGAGAUUACUGUCUGCCGCGUGGUGCUCUUUGGAGAAGCAGCGCUUGAGCCAAUGCGGUGGAAGGGUCUGCCUGGGCUUUUACCUGAUCCUGAAGCUACCCUCGAUGCAGGCUCUACUGGCAUGUCUGACUAUGAGCCCAUCUUUAUCUACAAGCCCUGGGAGACAUCUUCGAACGGGAUAUAUGUGCCCGAACAUUGGUUCCUUAUGGAGCUUGGGCAUGUUCUAGAAUCAGCCCUGAAUGACCUUGAGGAAAUAGCGAAUCAUGGUCCUCCACAAUUUAAGUUCACUCGAGGGACAAGUACCCAAUUUCGCUGGUCAACAAGCUCUAGUUCAUUUGUUUCUCCCCAUGACUCCCUUCCGACAAUUCUAGACGAGGAAUGGGUUGCUUACAUUGAGUCUGAAGUACCCGACUCAACCAUCCUCGGAAUGCUCCCUCAUGAGACUGAUACUCCAUCGCCGACAGCCCGCCCUCGCGAGCCAUCCCACAUCAUGAAUUCCGAUCCGCCCCUCAGUCGGCUUCAACUCCUUGUCAGUAACAUGAUGAGCGACCUCAUCGUCGAGCAUGGUCUCACCAGAAACACGCUUGUCGAUUAUUUUCCAGAUCAAGCCUGGUCGGCAGUCACUGGUAAAUGGUUCAACUUUGACCUUUUGCUACGAGACCAGCGCGAACACAAUGCUUCUUUUGGGUCUGACCAGGAAAGGCUUGAUUGCAUGUUUCCAUCCCUAGUCUACGAAUUAGGUGAUCAUCGCCCCAUUCCUACACCAGGCAGGCCACAUGACCUGUCUGAUAUCCCUGAUGGUAUUCCGGAGGACUAUCUCGACAAGGUCUUCCAGGCGCACUACUCCAGAAUCUCGUCUCAAAACUCGGAACCAACUUCAAAGUCGAAACGAGCCGCUCCAAGUUCUACAAUGAAUUGCCGCCCUUCUAAACAUCCGACUCCUAAGCAAUGGGAAUUGAGUCAAAUCAACAAUGACACUGCAAAGCGACUCGUAGAUAACGCUUUCCAUCGCGAUGACCUAGAUUUAGGCCAGAAGAGAUUCAACAAAUACAAGUCUCUCUGGUCAGUAGUGGCCUACAGUGAUACCUUGGAAAAGUUUUGUGGAGCUAUGGACGAGAUUAAUAAAAGAAUCACGCAAGUCCUCAGUGCGGAUUAUCGCGUCGACAUACCAUGGGGGGAACAGAGUGAGGCUGUCAACCGUCUACGAUAUGUCGCGCCGUUUCUGGGCGAUAUCGCUGCUGUUCGUGUCCGCGAGAUGAGUCGCCGCGCAUCACGCGGUGCACUACUUGUACGAGAAAUCGACCGAAGACAACACAAACUCGCGGAAGAUAUCCUCGGGGGCUUUGUUACAGCCGACUUCCUCUUGCACUUCCCUCCUAUCGAGGGUUUGUUAGUCGACAUGGAGCUGAUGGCCGAAUGGUUUAAGAUUGAAGUGGGAAGCAUUACAAACUUGACGGAAUUACGGAGCGCGAAGUUUGACGCCUCAAACCGCCGCAAUGAAGAACAGGGGAAUCUGAUAAAUCAUGGAAUUAUCUGGACAAAGUGGGGGCGUUAUGACACAAGAUCUGAUCCAUGGGGUAGAGAAGCGAUUUGCUGGGACCUCAAGAACCAAAGAUUGGUGAACAGCACGGCCGAGAAAAGGUGA